UGAGGGUCGGUCACACUGGUUCUGCCGCAAACGAAAAAAAUCCGCUCCUGCUCGUCGACUGUACCGCCGUUUUGCUGAAAUUGUUUUACUUACUUGUAAAGUUACUUGUAAUUGCACAAGUGUCACCCACCCACAUACCCAGACUCACCCACACACACUAAAAAAACGAGCAGAAUGUCGAGCAUGCCAAAGCGACCAAAGUUUGAUGGAAACAUCGAUGGAUCUGCCAGUCUAAAUGAGGAGGAGUCUGAGGCGUUGGAGUUAAUCGAUGCCUGCCAAAACGAGAUUGAUGCGCUAAACGAGAAGGCCAGCGAGGAGAUCCUUAAGGUUGAGCAGAAAUACAACAAACUCAGGAAGCCGUGCUAUGAGAAAAGAAGCGAGCUCGUUAAGAGGGUACCAAACUUCUGGGUGACAUCGUUCAUCAACCACCCACAAGUAUCAGGCAUCCUGGACGAAGAGGAGGAGGAAUGUUUGCAUGCCCUAAACAAGCUGGAGGUUGAGGAAUUCGAAGAUAUCAAAUCUGGCUAUCGCAUUAAUUUCCAUUUUGAUGAGAAUCCAUACUUUGAAAAUAAGGUGCUCACCAAAGAGUUCCAUUUGAACUCAGCGGCUGCUUCAGAGAACGGUUCGGACUGGCCAGCGUCGACUAGCACUCCUAUUAACUGGAAGGAGGGCAAGAAUCUGCUGAAACAGCUUCUGACGAAACCCUAUGGCAACAAGAAGAAACGCAAUUCCGAAUAUAAGACCUUCUUUGAUUGGUUCUCGGAUAACACCGAUCCCGUCAACGAUGAAAUUGCAGAACUGAUAAAGGAUGAUCUUUGGCCAAACCCACUGCAGUAUUACCUAGUACCUGAUAUUGAAGUGGAGCCAGAAGACGAGGAAGAUGACGACAACGAGGAGGAGACGUUCGAGGACGAAGACGGCGAGGAUGGCGAGGGUGAGGACGAGGACGACGACGAAGAUGAAGAUGACAAGUAAACCUUAUUGUAUGGAUAAACAGAAAGCCCAAAGUGUUUUUUCCCUCCCUCCCACAACCAAUUUUACCAUUAUAUUUGAUUCUAUGAGAAAUUCGUAGAGCUAAAGUCAACCCCACAAUUAAUCUGAAAACCCAACCCUUUUUUUAUUUGAAGUAAAAAAUCGAGCGCGUAUUGGCCAUGAAGAAAAA